UGCGCCGAAGAGCACUGCUUUUGAAACCAACCCAGGAAAAGGAAUCGAAAAGACUUGUGAUAUGGGAGAUGAACUAACAUGUCAUUCGGCCAAAGCGAGGCUGUCGUCUAUCACCGAUGAGCCCACGGUCGUCAAGCUGUCGGCGGCGUCCGCUCACACGUGGAGAACGACGCACGUGAAACACAAUGACAGCGCCGCAUCUCACCUCCAACCUUUGACCCGCCACCAGCGGGGAGAUGAAAACAGGGACACUUUCGGUCCGGGUUUCGAGUCCGGCUGCGCAGAGCUCCGGAGAUCAAGGACGGUCAUUGACGUGUCCGAGAAACGUCUGCUCCGCCAAGACGGGGCGGAGAGUGUUGUACACAUCAGACAAACAGACGAGAGCCAUUGCGAAUACGCCAAUCAACAUACCGGAAUCGACGAUGGAAAUGAGAUUAAUAACAUAAAAUCCCGAGACAGAUUCGGGGUACGUAAAUUGAACCGGAAGUACAGAAAAAAAUAUUUCGAUUCCCAUUUUUACUCCGAACCAUCUCCAGGCUCAACUGUAACAGAUCAGAACUACAGGCCCGUAUUCAGGAAACGUGCACGAGUAAGGAAGGUCAUUAGCAAAAGACGCAGUAAAAAGAUCGUUAUUUGCUCAGUGUCACAGUCCACUUCCGGCCACAAAGUGAAACCAGAAGAGGCGGAGCACCCGAAGAUCAAACACGCCUACUUCAGCCCCCGCACUGGCAUGUACAUCUGCAGUAUUCGCUGCCGUCAGGCUAUCUCUUGCAGACGUGGUAGGGGUGGCAACUCUUCCAUGUACCGGAGGAACCGACACCGCAAGGUGAGGCUCAAAAAUAGGUCACAGUUAUUCCCCGUGGCCGCGCAUGCGCCGAUAGAAGUCAGUGAAGAGCAUAGGUACAUCGAGCAGAAAGUUUUGAGCUUCAUGGAAAGAAAUAACUCCAGGCUUCUGGCAUCGGAAAACGAGGCUAAUGCUACACCCGAAUCACUCUUCCGUGACGACCUCGAGCUGGAAGAACGGAUUCAUCAUUUAUACGGUAUCCAGAAAAGAUUUUUUUCUCAUUAUAUAAAGCAUCGGCGGCAUCAGAGAAGGGAGACUUUUCAAGAGCGGGCCGAUGCGGCGUAUUCAAAUAUAGGCCAAGGCGACAUGAUGAGGUUAGAGCAACCCAGUGGUUUUAAAGACGAGGCGUUGGUAGAAGGUAUAAGACACGAUGACGUGGCUCAUGAUGAGCAGACGACAAACAAGUCAGACUCGACGUGUCCCGAUUUACAACCUAAAACCGAUCACCCCGGAAGUCACUUGCAGAAGAAAAGUCGCCGGAAACAUAAAUUAAGGCGGAAAACAUCUUCCUCCAAGAAACUUCUUCCGCUUCCCGAGUUUAAGACACCACCCCAGGAGACCAACAUUCAGCUUGGGAUCAACACCUUACCCCAGACGGACCAGGCACCAACAUCUUUGCAUCAAAACGAGGACACUAACCUUUAUGAAAAAGUUACCAACGACCCAAAACACAGCUUAAAAACUGGACAAAGUAAAAAAGAGCACCGAGGACAUCGUAGGGUUUUACAACUUAUCGAAACAAAAGAUAACUCAGUCGCCCCCUCACCCCGAACACAGGAAGCGACCGACUGGGCAGAGUUGAACACCCAACCACACGGCCGCCCUAAGAUCAAGCCGUACCUGUUGCCACAGGUGCACAAGAAAACCCACUUCAAGCUGCACCUAGCCAGACCACAGCACGAAGAGCCACCACAGAAAACACAAGCAGCAGCGUGCACGCCCAACCACAAGAUGAACGGGUACCCGGAGCCCUUCACCGCCGGCGCCCACUACCCAAUCAUUAAGUCGUGCAGUCUGCAGGAGCGACCAAGUCACCUCAGACAGUGUCAGCGAGAAGGCGUCGGUGGUGAUGCCGUUGUUAAGUCUGAUAUUCCCAAUAAUCAAAAUAAGCUCAGCACCCACAACUACGACGUCAAGGAGACGGGAGUGACAGACUUGCAGACGACCGAGCCCUUCCAUCAACAGCUCCACUCCAGUCUGCAGGCUUUCGACAAGCGGAAAUGGCGGCCCCUAACACCGGAUAUGGUACCUCAACUGGCAGUGACCCGCUGCCGGCCAGUGAGUGGCAGACAUGCUGCAUCCAGCGUGCCAGCCAAACCUACUGUUGUAAAGCAAGCAUCGAUGUAUGAUCGACCUCCCUCCAGGGGCGCCGGGGGAAGCCUGACGGACAGACGGAGCCCCAUCACCCGAGUGGACCCCGGCCCCUUCGAUACAUUGACCCCCGCCAUUUUAUCCCAGAUGGUCGACUCGCGGUCAAUGACCCCGACGUCACACCUGCUCGACUCUCCAUCCAUGACGCCGACGCCACACAUGGCUGACUCUUUUUCCAUGACGCCAACAUCAGAAACAUUCGACCCUCUGUCCAUGACGUCGUCAUCGUUCGGCAACCGCGUCCGGCUCAGGAACCACACCCGUCGUAUAUUUCCGCCGGAUGCGACCAGCUCAGGGGACGAGAGCGACCGAGGAAUCCGCGACAUGUUCGACGACUCGGACAGCCUUUCAGAACUCGAGCGGGGCCGGGAGCCCUCGUUAGACCCCCACCGUAAGAUCCCGGAGCUGAACCUGCGUCCUGAAAACGCCGACGACGUUUACAUCCCCGCCAACAAACGCGACAUGAGAAGGUUUGAUUUCGAUGCGGAGAACACAGAAGUGCCGGAGUAUCCGUUCAAGAACCCGGUUCCGUUUCCUCUGGAUAAAAUCAGCUUUCGGUACUACGCCUUGCAGAAUAUCGAUUGGAGACUAGCACACAGCGCUACUGUUCUGAACGACUUGGAACUGUGUCUUUUUCUCGAUCGCCUCGUCGACAUGGAGAAACGUCAAGCCAGCACGAUCAAGUGGGAGGAGCGGAGAUACAAGAGGUUCAAAAAACGCAAAGUCGCGUCCGGGGCUGGGAAAUCUCGCGAUAAACGCUGCUGUAAUCCUUGUUUGCAGCCGGCGUGUGUCGGCGACUGCCCAGUUAAAAAAGCUCCCCCGGAUUGCUGCGAGAAAUGCCGACAGUCUUUGUGUACUGGAAAUUGUACCGAAACGAAAUACGAACAGCGCAUGCGUCAGCAACUAGACGAGCCGGUAGUGCCCGCGUCGACCUCGACUCCGACUGUAAAAAGCUGCAAAACUUGCCAAAUCCAGAACCCCGCGAAGAAUAUCAACUCCCAACAUAUUUCUCUGGGUCGGCCGAAAUCCGCGCUUACAACUUUCAGCAGGGCCAAAGCCUCGUCCAAACCAAAGUCCACAAGACCAUCGUCAGCAGAGCCGGACCUCACGUCGAAAAGGUCCUCCAAGAAGAAGCUUGACCUGCGGACAACGCUCUCUCCGGCCGCCGUACGCCGCAAAGCCACCAUCCAGUCGGCUGACGACAUGGCCAGCGGCAUGUUCUGCAUCAACCAGUCCCUGACGGAUCUGUCCAUCAAGCAACAGCGGUUCCCCAACAGCAAGAAACGCGUGAGUUGAGGCCCUAAGCAGACAGAGGACAGCUGGCAUGAACUUCCUGUCACACAUUGACAGGCAACGGCUGUCAUACAUAGACCGGCCUGCUAGUGUGAACUUGCUGUCAUACAUUGACAGGCUAGCUGGUAUGAAAUGGCUGUCAAAGAUUGACAGGCCUGCCGGUGUAUAAACUUGUUGCCAUAGAUCGACAGGCUUGCUUGUAUAAAUUGUCUGUCAUACUUUGACAGCUAGCUGCUAUGAGCUGGCUGUCAUACAUUAACAGGUCUGUUGCUGUGAACUUGUAUAAUACAUCGACCUUGAUGGCUAUAAUGCGUUCAGAGCCUCACUUUUUUUUACAGUGAUACUUCUUGUAUGUCUACUUUAUGAACUGGGCUGUCUGCUGUGUAUUUCUACUUCAUGAACAGGGCUGUCUGCUAAGUAUGUCCACUUGAUGAACUAGACAGUCUACCGAGCUGUGAUGUAUUUAUUGACCAUUACUAUUUAUUUGACCUAAACCCCACCGACAACGUAACUAAACCCACUCUCAACACCCCCUCAACGACACAGCCCCACCUACUGAGGCUAGAACUAGACUCUACGUUGUGGUAUAAGUAUUCCAUUCAUUUUCAUUGUAUGUAUUCUGCAUUAACUGACGAAAUGUGUUGUUUUUAUUAAAAUUUACA